AUGUUCCAUUCGUUCAAAAAUUUGGUUGCAAAGGGUUUGGCGCGCAAACGUGGACUGGGACGAACCGGUACCAUCAGACGUUGCCAAGGACUGGUUGGCUCAUCGCACACAGUUUCAGAUUCCGAAUUCCACCUUUUCACCGAUGCUUCGAAAGUCGCCUAUGCAGCCGCUUUAUACUGUCGCACUCAAAUCCCAGAUGGUAAGGUUAACAUCGUACUAGUUGCUGCGAAAACAAAGGUAGCGCCUCUAAAAACCACAUCGCUGCCGCGUUUGGAGAUUUGUGCAGCACAUCUAGGGGCGCAGCUGGUGCGGCAAGUCCGGUCAAGUUUGAACCUCUCAAUCGGCGAGUUGUGCGCAUGGACGGACUCCAUGGUUGCGUUGGUGUGGCUACAAAACAAUCCAAGUCGCUGGGCUGUGUUUGUUGCCAAUCGCGUCGCCGAUGUACAGGAAGUUUUACCGGCAUCACAUUGGAGGCACGUCGCCACGGAGCCCAAUCCCGCUGAUUGCGCAUCGAGGGGUAUUACACCAUCGCAGCUUCUUGCGCAUCCCUUGUGGUGGCAUGGGCCACCUUGGCUACGGGAAGGCAAGAGUCGUUGGCUGAUAUCCGCACAAAAACACACCACGGAGCUCGAGUUAAAAUCAAAGAAGGCCGUUGCGUAUCUAACACAAACCGCUGACGAAUGGGACCUGUUGACCAAAUAUCAUUCAUUUAACAAACUUAAACGUAUAACCGCAUAUCUAUUGCGCUUCGCCAACAACGCAUUGGUAAAGUUAAACAAAUCUGUACCGAUGCGAAGCGGCAUAGCACUAUUGCAACCGUUUCUAGACUCAAAGGGUAUUCCACGUGUAGGGGGCCGCAUCAAAAAUGCCGUGCUUUCAGACGAUGUCAAGCAUCCUAUAAUAUUGCCGAAGAAUUCGCCGCUCGCUAAGGUAAUUGUUGCUGAGAUACACAUCACAACAUUGCACGCUGGACCGCAAUUAAUGCAGGCCGUACUUCAACGACGAUUUUGGGUAGCCGGUAUUCGAAACCUUGUUCGUGCGGUAUAUCGCCGUUGUACGCGUUGCAGACGACUGAGCUGCAAGCCAAUACAACAACUCAUGUCUGAUUUACCCGCGAGCCGCGUCACCUCUGCGCGUUGUUUCCUGCACAGUGCGGUCGAUUUCGCUGGUCCUUAUGCCUUGAAAUUUACGCAUGGUAGAGGCGCUAAAUCUGCGAAGGCGUACAUCUGCUCAUUUGUAUGUAUGAGUACGGAUGCAAUGCAUCUCGAGCUGGCUGGAGACCUCUCCUCAAUCACCUUUAUUGCCGCUUUUAAGCGUUUUACCAACAGAAGAGGCUACUGUCAGCAUAUUUACUCCGACAACGGCACUAACUUCGUGGGUGCUGAGAAGAAGCUGCGGAUCGCAUACGAACGCUGCAUCAAUGACGACAAGGUGUCAUCAUAUUUCGCCGACGCUCAAACGACCUGGCAUUUCAACCCCCCGAGCGCCCCACACAUGGGUGGCUUUUGGGAGGCUGGUAUAAAACGCGUUAAGUACCAUCUCAAACGAGCGCUGGGCAAUCGCGUCAAUCCGGCAGCAUUUCUGGAAACGCUGGCGGGACGAAUACCUCGUCAGACUUCAACAACGCUCAAAGUGGUUACGCUCAACACCGAAUUUGCAGAAAUACGACGUAGUAGUUAUACGUGA